GGAGGAGGAAGCGGCGGCGGCGGCGGCGGGGAAGAGGCUGAGGCGGACGAGGAGGAGACCCGGGGCUCGAGGAAGAGCGGCGGCCUCAGUCUGGGGGACGAAGCCCCCCCCCCCCUCCUUGCGGGCGGCGCCGGCGGCUGAGGUUUCGUGAUUUAAAAAAUGCACUAAUCUAAGAGGAUUCAAGAUUUUGGACUGAAAGUGCCAUCAUGUCAAAAGAAAUGAAAGAGCUUCAGAAACGGUGGCAGUCCGUGAUGGAAACCGUUCACAGCAACUCUCAUGUGGUUGCUUUCAUGAACUCUCGACUUGGCCAGUACUUAGAUGACCACCCUUUCGUUGCCCUCUUGCUGCUGGUCUUCAUUGCUGCCUCCGCAAUUCCUGUGGCCUGCUUUCUGCUUUUCGUUAUUUCCACAACCAUAAUUGCCUGCAUUGGGGUGAUAAUCAUGGAAGGUUUCCUCAUAUCAGUGGGAGGCAUCAUGCUGAUCUGUGUGCUCGGUGGGCUGGGCAUGCUGUCGCUGGCCAUUUCCGGGGUGCUGAGCGUGUGCUACUUAUCGGUGUCAGCUGUGCUCAACUACUGGCCCACUACAGACAGUCUGUCAAAGAAGGAAAUCGCAAACGGAAGCAAUUUUCUGCCAAGCAGCACUCCUGCUUUAGACCAGCCUGCCACUAAUAAGAAGUGUGAAUAAAUUGGACCGGUGCUUGGCAGGCUUUCCUGAGCAGCACUUACAAUUUUACAGUCUUGAGGAAACUGUUACAUUCUAGAAAUGUUUAUCUAUCAGAACGGUCAAGGCUUGGUUUAGAGUUUAUGGGCGCUAAGACUUCCAUUUUUCCCCUUAGAAGGACUGAACCAUUGUCAAAUGUGUUGUCACGUGAAGUCUGCCAAGCAUGGUGAGUAACCCCAGCCCCUAGAGAAUGGAAUGCCAUUCUCUUCCUCCAGGUUUAUCUCGGCAUUUUUGUGUAGGGACUGAGUAAGGCAGUUCCCGCGAUUAUCAUCCGGGUAGGACAGGUGGCCUCCCCUGGUUUGGGAGACAUGCACACUCCCCUUUUAUCAUCGUGUGCAAGGAAAACAGCCAGGUUGGAGGUGGAUUAAGUGAUCGCCUUGGAGACAGGAGCUGGUUCAGACAGCACCUUCCUACCCAGCUCUCACACCCAGCACUUUUCCGAGGAUCCAGCGUCUCUCUCUCCCAGACGAUCACUUCCUCCCCUUCUGACCUUCCUGUUUCCCUCGCACACGGUCACGAAACAGGGGUUUACACAGCUCCUGAUAACGGGGUGCAACACUUGUCCCACCCUAAUGAUAAAUCAAGUGAACAGGCCUAGUGAAUGUCUGGCUUAACAUGGAGGCUUUUCUGCCUGAUGGGAGGUAGAACCCAAUAGUGCUAAUAACACUUCUCUUUUGAAUGUGGAUAAAUACUUUCAAGCCUUAAAUGUCUUACAACAACGGUUUUGAUUAGACUGAAGUCUGUGCCAUGUUAAAUACAUAGGCAGAAAACCAAGUUCAAGGGGAUGUUUCUCUUUCUUAUUGUUUUUUUAAUAGCUCAAGCGUUUGUGAAUGUUUUGUUUUAAAUUAUUCAGAAAUAUUUGUGUAGGGAUUUUGUUUUUGUCCUUGUCAUGGUACCUGGUGCUUGGACGUUUUGCACAAUAUCUGAUAAAUAAACAUUGUGCCUUAUGUUACUUAGCGGCCUUAUUCACACAGUCAUUUGAAUCUUGGUUUAAUGUGAGUUGCCAACAUUAGUGUGAUUGUGUGAGAGCACACACCAAGCUGGUUUAUGGCAUGGGGUUAAUCUAGAGAUUAUCUGCACAUUAUCCGGUUUACACAAUCAUGCUAAUGUUGGUAGCCCACAUUAAACCUAGAUUCAAAUGACUGUGUGAACAAAGCCAAAGUUUUGUUUGAGAUAGCUAUAUUUUGAGUCAAGUAUUUUCCCCACCUUCUUGAAUUUUUUUCUUUUUAACAAUAUUAAGUUUUUGUAACUGGUGACACUAUUGUCAAAUCCUUUGUCACUAAACAGCUACUUGUUUAUCCAA